AUGCCAAUUCAAGUGACCGCACAAUUGGAUCGCGACUCAGCCGUGUAUCUUGCCGGUGAGGCGAUUAGUUGCAAGGUAUUCGUGAAAAACAUCGGACGUACCGAAGAGGAGCCGCUGGCUUGGGGCAGUGUGCAUGUGCAGUGCGAACGAAUCAUGAGUUGUGGAGAUGAGACACUGAAAAAGAAGAAUUCAGUCGGCGACACGAACCGCAACCAAACGACAUCCAUAUCGCGUUCAGUGAACACCGUAUUCUCGUGUCGACCGGUCGUUUUGUUUUGUGAAUUGAUUCUGAAGGCUGGUGAAAGACGCGAAUUUGAGUGCGUACAACAACUCCCUUUUGAUGGUAUUCCGCCUUCCUUCAAGUUAGUUUUCGAUUACAACGUGAAGUCACCUAUCAAACUCAUUCAUAUACCACUGCGCGUGCUACAAGCUGAAUUUUGUCUUCCUUUGCCAAGUCCAUCAACUACGCUCACAAAUCCGUUCCUUGCAAAUCAAACGAUAGGGCAACUGUGGAAAAAGCAAAAGAAUCAAAUAAGAGGCGAGAUUUUUCGAAUUCCGUCCGUGAUCGAUAUGGCCACCGAAGCAACUGAUUGCUUAACAGCACCACAAAGGAGUUACAGUUAUAGCAUGACGAACACACGGGGCCGUCUUGCCAAUUUUACUCUUUAUAAGAAAGCAUUUAAACUUGGUGAGGAUAUUGUUGGCAAAUUUGUUUUUGAUGGCUGCCCAGUUCCAUGCUUCCAGUAUACAGUGAGUGUGCAGUCAGUGGAAACACUGGUCGACAAUCCGGAUGCGCGUACAUUUGUAACAACGCAUAUGGUUGAUCAUGCGGUAUGUGCGUUUUGGAAGGAUGCUUUCGUCAAAUUGCAUAUUCCAUUAUCAGCAACGCCAACGUUUUAUACGGAUACCGUACAUGUGAAAUGGCGUCUUCAUUUUGAAUUUGUAACAAGUGACGAGGUUGCUUUCGAAUUGAAAGAAGGCUUCUCAGAAGCACCAACUGAUCUGAACAUUGAAACAAUGGUUUGGAAUUUGGAUAUCAAGGUCGUUGAAUUUCAGCUGUUUUUUUUUUCCUUCGGAAUGCCAUAUUAA